UCGCUUAGCUUGUUCUCGGCCAAUCAGCAAUGAGAGGCGUUUCGGUGCGGCGUUUGAAUUUUUAGUCAGUACUAGUUUCCAGCCCCGCGUCUGAUAUCAGAUCGUGGAUUAAAGCGAAGAAUAAACUUUAUAAAAUAUACGGAGGUUAAAUCUCAGUGAUCUGAGAUCUGCGCCGAUAGAACAAAAUGAGGAAAAGUGAGAUCCACGCUGCAGAGUCCGUAUCGAGUCUCAACAAGGCUCUCUGCCAGCUGAAGGAUAUCUGGGAGGAGAUCGGGAUCCCAGAAGACCAGAGAUUCCAGCGCACGGAUGCCGUUCACAUGCACAUCAAGAACCUUCUGGACAUGAUGAUCGCAGAGGAGGAGGGCCUAAAGAAACGCUUGUUGAUCAGUAUCGAAGCGUGCAGGGAAGAGAUGAUCGCUCUGUGUGAUGAACUCCAGCUGCCUGUGUGUCCGGAGGAAGGUGCCCUCACCAUGCUGCAGCUGGAGAAAGAUCUGCGCACACAGGUGAAGGCCAUGCUGAAGGAAAAGAGCGUGCGACAGAGCGAGCUCAAGAAUCUCAUUCAGGCGGACCAGGAUCUGUGCGAUAUUCUGUGCGAAGAUCUUUUCCCCAUCCACCCCGAACGGAUUCCUUCACACCAGCAGCUGGAGAACUACAGGCGGCACAUCGCCACGCUUAGCCAGGAGAAGGAGCACCGUCACACUGAGUUUAUGGAGAUGAAGCGUCGGAUCACAGCAUUGAUGGAGGAUCUGGAACAGCCUCCAGAUAGCACCUUUGAGAAGGACGCCGUGUGUGAAGAUGAAGAAGCUUUCUGUCUCUCCGUAGAAAACAUCAACUCGCUCAAAGUGCUGCUGGGUCAGCUGGAGACUCGUAAAGCAGAGACGGAUGCGCUGUGCGUGUCCAUCCGUGGUCGUAUUGAGGAGUUGUGGAGGAUGUUGGAAAUUCCCGAUGAACAGAGAGAGAGUCUCAUUCACCAAACACACACCAGCACAAAGAGCAGUCUGAAUACACUCCAGGCAGAGCUGCAGUGUUUGGAGGACAUGAAAAAGAAAAACAUAGAGCGUGUUAUUCGCUCGAUCAGAUCGGAGAUCGUAAAGUUUUGGGAGAAAUGUUACUACAGCCCGGAGCAGAGACAAGCCUUUACUUCCUACAACAGUGGUGAUAUGGAUGAAGAUUUGUUGCGUGAGCAUGAGCAUGAACUGGAGCAUCUGAAACUGGAUUAUAAUGAACAUAAGGAGUUAUAUGAUGCCGUUUCCACCUGGAGCACCAACUGGACACUUUAUCAAGAAUUAGAGAAAAAAGCCACAGACCCAUCUCGCUUCAACAACCGUGGUGGAAACCUGCUGAAGGAGGAGAAACAGAGGGUGGAUCUGCAGAAGAGUCUUCCGAAGCUGGAGAAGAGUCUGAAAGCUCAGAUCGACCAAUGGGAAGGAGUGUACGGUAAAGAGUUCCGCGUGAACGGGCAGCCGUUCCUGCAGUAUGUAGAGGAUCAAUGGAACCAGCACCGCAUGGAAAAAGAGAGAGAGAAACAAGAACGACAAAUGAAGAAAGUGAAACAGACGGAGGAAGAUCUGCUAUAUGGCACGGUUCUCAGAACCCCAACUAAGAGAAGACUCGCUGCCACACCGACACCGGGCAAAACACGCAAGCUGAUCUCAACGUCUAGCAUGUGUAGCUCCACCCCCAACACGACGCUCCGUUCCAUUUGCUCCUCCCCCUCUUUGAGACCACCCCUUUCCUCAAGCAAGAUGGGCCUACGGACGCCUGCUCGUGGUCGAACCCCUCGCGGUCUGGAGAGGAAUAAGGAGAACAUGUCACAGCUUAGCGGAGCUUUGCGCACUAUGACCGCCAGUCCUAACAGAAACUACUCCAUCACAUCUGUGGCUUCAUCCUAUUCUGAGUUUGCGAAUUAUUCUGAAUCCACUGCAGUGUCCAGCGGGAGUUCUCAGGCACCUCUAAAUCUAAAGUCAAGACUGGACUUUUGAACUCCACCCUCACGCACUAAAUACUGGCGGACCGAACCUGUUCUGCUGAACUGAUGGUCCACAUCUUUGAAGACUAAAAAAGCUUUUAUGGAUAUACUGAAUGUAAAUCGUUAUGAAUUUGUUGAAGAAUUGUAAAUAUUUUAGCCCUGCGUUUUACCUUUUUCUCUUUAGCUUUUUCCUUUUAUUUAACUCCUACAUUUUGAUUGAAUAUUUUGUUUUGCGCUUGUCUGAUGAUAUUACGUAAUGCAGUUUUUAUAAAAACUGAUUUAACACUGAUCUUACGGCCAUUCUCUUUUAUACUCUAAUUUAAGAUGGAGUUUUCUGUAUUUAGUUAUUACACAGCGACACUAAAUUGGCAUCACUCCUGUAACAUUCCUGCUAACUGUCUGUUUGGCAGCUUGUAAAUAAAUGUUCGUUUUCAUGGGA